UGCACUCGGCCCAAACAAAUAAACAAGGUGCAUCUCAUGCAUUGUGAGUUGUGUGUGUGUGUUUUCUGCAGUUGAUGACACACACACACAUCAUUUCCGCUUGGCUGAAAGAGGCAAUAAAUCCACAGAGUGCAUGAGUUUGGGAAUAUCGUAAUGGCCGUGAGCAUUACCAAGAGGAGGAGCUCAGUCACAUAGCUCAAAAGCAGUUCCAGGUAAACAUGUUGGGGGUGCAACCCAUCAGCUGUCUCCUAUCACCCUUUGUUCGUCCGAGCGGUUUCUCUCGUCCUCAGGAGUUCCUGUGCUGCAGGUACAUGGCUGGCCCGACGAGAGAAAAGACGAGAUACAUUUCAAUUUAAUUGGAUUCCUUCAAAUACCGGGGCGAAGGAGUCUGGUUUGAACUUCCCAUGUGAGUAAACUCAGUUCUUUCUUUUGACACAAAAUGUCUGCCGUGUGACCUGAAAGAGAGGGGAUGAGACUUUUCGGAUAGGAUAUGAUAGGAUAUUACUUUAUUCCUUCCCAGGGGGAAAUUUAGUGAAGCAGGAGCAAACAUGUUAACAUUUUCCUCGCGUUCUUGUAGUGUCUGACUUGUUUGCUGAAUUUCCUGAAGGCAUUAGAGGAGCUCUUAAACUAUUUUAUUCUUUCAGCUAUAUAACAUUGUCCUCAAAUGUCCCACAAAAUCAGACAGUAUUUGGUUAAUUUCAAAAUACACUGUUCUCUGAUCCACCAUGAUAAUCAGAUAUUUGUUGUUCAGGUUGAGCCGUAAGCGUCCUCUGUCUGAUGGAUAUGAGAAGGAGCCUCCGCUGUGCACAAGGAAACGUUUGGCUGGUCUUCAAGCUCUGCAGCCCAGAUGUGAGACUGACGGAGCCACAGAACAUGCCAUAUUAAAGACGAGCUGCACACCUGACACUUGUGUGAAGGGAGAGACCGAAACCGGGAGCUUCUUGGAGCUGCUGUCAUCCUGGGCUGACACACAAUACUCUGUGAAGAAAGUAUUGCAGCAUCUCAGGUUCAGACAAGCCAAUGAUAACGUCCCACUCAACGAGUCCGUCAACAAGAGAUUUCUGGAGUUUCACCAUGACAUCACCGAAGAAUGUGGCACAGAAGAUAAGCAGCAUUCGUGGGCCGUUAUUGAGAAACGAGAAGAGAUUGUCAUGUAUGGACCUUAUUAUCCGAAUUACAACAACGGAGAACACAGCGAGGACAUCAUCAUCAAACAAACACAGGAACUUCUGGAGUGCCAGUCUGUCUCAGAAGACUGGAAGGUGUACAUUUUCACCACGAACAGCCCGUGUUUGGCUCGAAACACGCACGCAUGCAUGCUGAACCUGGUCCAGAAAGCUCAGGAGUGGUGGAGCAUGUAUGGGGUCAAGACUUGUAUCGGUUAUUUGAAAUGCUGGGGAUUCAAAGGAGCUAAAGAAACUCUGUUUAAGGAUAUUAACUACAUCCAAGUGGACUGUGUGGAUCAGACUGAGGACCACAAGAGAUACGCUGAAGCAGCUGAGAAGACUGAAAUAAAUCCUUUAUGUGAUAUUGUGUUUGCUGCUGUGAAACCCCCUCUUAGAUUUCCACGUUUUUCUUUGAUAAACAUUGUGCAGGGGCACUCCUGGAAGAGUUGGUUUAAAAAAAUCAACAGUGUUUUCGAAAGCUUACCAGAAGAGGAGAAAGAAAUCUGCACACAGGAGGCCAACGCUGUGCUCGAAGCUGCACAGGUUCUGCUUUCAGAAGAGAGAAGUGAACGUGUGGAGGAAUGCCUGGAGAGAGGAUGUGCGUUUGCACUUGAUUACACUUUUAGCUCCAAAUUAUCUGACACCAUCCGGGAUCAAAUGAGGCUCACGUUUCAACAGUGCUGGAAGGAGAUGGUGCGGGGCAAAUAUGCUGAGUUCAUCAGGGAGAAGCUGACUGAAGACUUCAAUCAAUGUACUGUCCAGCUUUUCAUCAAAGAUAUUGCAAAGUUCACCAAAGAAUACUUGGAAAUUGGAAGGAUACAUUUUUUGGAAGACGCUCCACAAGUUGCCCAAUGACUGCCCUCUGUGCAAAGAUGCUGAAGAAGCCAAAACUAUACACAUCACACACGGUUGGUAUGCCUUUGAAGUGGAGUGAAUGACACCAGACUUUUAUAUCAUACAUGUCAUUGGCCUCAUGUCAAAAUGUCUUUAUUAGUUUCCUCGACAGCGCUACAGUUGCACACAGAGGAAGAGCAUCAGGUCGUGUUAGUGCACAUUGAGAAAGUCCACAUGUACAUCUCUCACCGUGUCUUUACUUACAAUAUAACACAAGUGGUGUAUUACAAUUAUACUGGAGUGGAGUUUCUUUUUACAUAUAUGCUCAUAUAUUUGUUGGUAAUUACAUGUGUGAGUAUCCCACAGUUAGACAUGUUGCCCUAUGAUUGUCACGAGCAAAUUAAUGCAUUGAGUAUUGGAAACAAUCUCUACAGUCUUCAUACAAUGCAAUAGAUGAUAGUUUGAUAACUGUCUGGUUUGGGGUUGUGCAUUUAAUAAUAAAUACUAGCGGGAUGAAA